AUGCCCGACUUCGUCCGCGUGGCCGGUGGUGUCGUUGCGAAAGACCGCGUCGCCGAAUCGGAAGCCGCCCAAUUCGAGGCUCUCAAGAAGGGUGUCCUGGCCGAACAGGCGCGGAAAGAACGAGAGGAAAGGCAGAGGAGGAUAAGCCAGGGUCUCCCUGCCGAGUUGACGGCCGAGGAGAAGAGAGAACGGAGGAGGCAAGAGAAAGCGCAGAGAGAGGAGGAAAAGCGGAAGAGGAGAGAAGAGCUGGGCAAGGGGAAAGCAAGUUCUGGGCGAAAACGCGAAGGCGAAGGAAACAGAGUCUUGGGCUUGUUGUGCUUCGGUGCUCGAUGA